UAAGUUUGCCAACUGACAUAAUCGAAAGCAUUAUGACAGGUUAUUAGUGUUUGUGUCUGAAAAUCGAUUUAUUUAACAAAUAAUGGGUACGGAAAUUUUAAAAUCGUUUGGAACGCUCCAGUCCGAGUUAGAACAGGCCAAAAGUAGCUUAAAAGGCGUUGACGAGAACAUAAAACGGCUAAUUGGAAGAGACCCAUCAGAGCUGCCCCCACGGGCUAACCUGAAACGAGGGCCCCAAAAUGACGACAGAAACCGGCAAAGAGUGGGCCGGAAUCGUAAUUUUAACCACGAAAACGACGAACCGCCUUCGAAGAGAAGAACUGGAGUUUCUGUGUUUAAACGUCUGUCUGAGAGACCUGUCCACUAUGAGGAGGACUUACACCAACAGCCCCAAAAGCAAAUGAUCAGUAAGGUUAUAGUGACUCCGAAGGAGCUGCCGAGCCGGCAAGAGGCGUUAGCGGCGCAAAGCAAGGAUGAAAAAUCCAAAGAGAGGAACCGGAGGAUGUUUGGGGCUCUGUUAGGGACUUUACAGAAGUUUCAACAAGAGGAAACUAAACUGAAACAAAAGGAGGAAAAAAGGGCUCAACUUGAGAAAAAAAUUGAGGAACAUGAAAUUAAAGAAAAAGAAGAAAUUAAGAAGGAACGACAAGAGUUGUUCUAUAACAGGAAGAAGAAACAGGCGGAAAUAAAAAUGAUUGAGUUGAAAAUGAUGCGUAUGAAGGAAUACGCAGCGUGGGAGGAAAGACAGAAGCCACGGAUGAAUUUUAUUCAGACUAAAGCAAAACCACACAUUCAUUAUUUACCAAGAAAAAUGAACGAUGCUAGUAAGGCAUUGCUAGAUAGCUGUAAAGCAGAUAUUGAGAAAAUGAUUGAUAAGAAGAGACAAGAGGUGUUUGAUGAGCUUCAACACAUUGAAGAAAGAAUGAAGAAAAACUUUGAGUUGCGGAAGUCAAAAGAAGCAAAAGAGGAGCCCCAGGAUGGGCACGAGAAAAAUGAAGAGAACGGUGAUCUGGAAACUUCAACAGAAGAGAAACACGAGAGUGUUGAAGCAGAGAAAGCUCAUGAAAGUCCAACUGAAGAAAAAGCUCCCGUUGAUCAGCAGCAAACUAACGGAACUGGAGAAGUUGAAGGGAAGAGUGACGAGUUGAGCACGCAGGAGGAAAAUUGGGAUGGUGAGGCGAUUCCGGAAAACAAAGAGCCUGAGAAAGAUGCAGCACAGGAGGAGCAAAUGCACGUGGAUAAUGAAGAAUGUCUUUGAUUGUAAAUUUUAUUAUAAAUAGAAUAAGUUUGUAUAAUGUAUAAAUAAGUGUAUCAAGUUUGUUAUGAUUGACUGGCUGAAAAUAAAACUCUUAAAAGUAA